CCUGCGCUCCCUCCCAUGGCGACCCCCGUCGCCUCCCCUCUCCUCCUCCCCUCCCCGCUCCCCCUCCCGGCCCCAACCUUCCCGCCCCGCCGCAUCACCUCCUCCCGUCGCCUCCUCCUCUCCCCUCCCCCGCACGCCGGCCGGCCGCGCCUCCGCGACCCGCCGCCGGCGCCGGUGGAGGAGGCCGCCGCCGCGGCCGUGGAGGAGUACGAGGCGCCUCCGCUCAGGCUCCUCGACCCGCCGCAGGAGGACGAGCCCUACCCGGACGAGAUGGAGGCGGCCGACCCGGACUUCUACCGGAUCGGGUACGCCCGGAUGAUGCGCGCCUACGGGGUCGAGUUCCUCGAGGGCCCCGACGGCAUGGGCGUCUACGCCUCCCGGGACGUCGACCCGCUCCGCCGAGCCAGGGUGAUAAUGGAGAUUCCAUUGGAGCUCAUGCUGACUAUAACUAAAAACCAUCCUUGGAUGUUCUUUCCUGACAUUAUCCCACUAGGACAUCCUAUAUUCGAUAUUAUCGAGUCAACAAAUCCCGAGACAGAUUGGGAUUUAAGAUUAGCCUGCCUUCUUCUCUACGCAUUUGAUGUAGAAAACAACUUUUGGCAGUUAUACGGUGAUUUUUUGCCUAGUGGUGAUGAAUGCACCAGCUUGCUUCUGGCACCGAAGGAGGAUCUAAUGGAACUGGAAGACGAAGAUCUGUCCUCAGAGAUGUUAAAACGCCAGCAGCGAGCAGUUGAUUUUUGGCAGAAACACUGGCACAAAGCAAUCCCUCUCAAGCUAAAGCGGCUUGCCCCUGACCACGAGAGAUUUCUCUGGGCAGUGAGCAUUGUUCAGUCUCGCUCUUUCAACUUGAAUAUGAGAAUGGGAGCUUUCAUUCAAGAUGCAAAUGUCCUAGCUCCUUAUGCCGAUAUGCUGAAUCACUCACCUGAUGCUAACUGUUUCCUGCAUUGGCGUUUCAAAGAUCGAAUGCUUGAAGUUAUGAUUAAGGCGGGGCAUGCUAUAAAAAAAGGAGAUGAGAUGACAAUCGAUUAUAUGAGUGCGGUGAACAGCACGCUGAUGCAGAGAUAUGGCUUCUCAUCACCAACGAAUCCCUGGGAACAUAUAAACUUCUCGGGCCCUGCCAAGAUCCACCUGGAUUCUUUCCUGUCAGUCUUCAACAUAGCUGGCCUGCACGACGAGCUGUACCACAACGUUGCAUUGACAUCGGGAGAAAGCACCUUUGUCGACGGAGGAGUGGUGGCGGCAGCGAGGACUCUGCCGACAUGGUCAGACGGAGACCUUCCUGCCAUACCGAGCGUGGAGAGAAAAUCCGCUCAGGCGUUGCAGGAGGAGUGCCGGAAGAUGGCCGAGUCUUUCUCGACCACGAUCCAACAGGACGAGGAGAUUCUAGAUUCCGACGAGCCUAUGAGGAAAACACGUGAAAUCGCGAUCAAGUACCGGCUGCACCGGAAGCUGCUGCUGCAGAAGAUCAUCGACUCGCUGGAGAUCUACCAGGAUCGGAUUUUGUUCUAGCUAGAUGUAUUAUAGGACUAGAAGGUGCGGUUCUAGAUUUCUAGUGUGCUAGUUCUAGGUGUGUCCCGAGUGUUCUGAACUGUAGGGCGGUUGCACCACCACAGCACCCUUAGAUGAUUUUGAAGGGCUUCAGAAGCCUAGGUUCAUACUGCAUAGUAGGAAGAUCCCAGAAAGAUAAUGACAAGUGUCAAGUGUCGCCAAGGCAUGUCGGUGUCGGAGGUGGCACCAUGGUUGUUGGAAGAGAGGGGCCCGCCUGCCAGGAUUCACCAGCACAUAGUUGCCCCACCUGUCAGGAUAGGUAAACGCUUCUCGAUUUCUCGAGCAACGUGUUACCUGCUUCAUUUAAAUGUGAUUCAUGCUGAUGCCUCCACGAAAGAUAUCAUCGGCACUAAAUGGAAUCUACUAGUAGUACCAGAUAAGCAAGAGCAUCAAUGUAAUCGCGACCGAUCGGUACCAAGUUUGUCCACAUUAGUGAAGGCCGCUUCUCUUGUGUUGUU